AUGAAACUUUUCGCGAGAUUAUUGAGUCAUGUAAAUUUGCAAGAACUGCCAUCAAUUUUGAUGGUAGGGGCAAUAACCUACGUCGUCUAUUUUUACUACAAGUAUUUUACUCGUAAGAAUCCCCUACCUGGUCCUAUUCCAUUACCACUUUUUGGAAAUUUCUUUAUGUUUUCGGGGGAUAACGCCAUAGUAAUAAAAAAUCUUCAAGCAAAAUACGGUGACAUCUUCGAAUUCUACAGGGGACCUAAUCGCGUUGUCUGUUUGCUCAAUGAAGAUUUGGUGAAGGAAAUGAUGAAGCCAACAUUAAAUAGCAACUUUUUUCAGCUUACGAGUCAUCCCGACGAAUUAAAAGAAUUGGGAUUAUUUAAGGCAGGAAUUAUUUACAAUGAUUAUGAUGGUUGGGUAUAUAAUCGAAGAUUCUUUGCGAAAACAAUAAUAUCACCGGCAUUCUGUAAGCAAGCUGUGGUUAGCGUGCAAGCAGGAUUCGAGGAGAUGAAUAGAUAUUGGGAUCAACUGGGCGAAGAUUUUGUCCUGGAUCUCGCGGAUUGGAUGAAAAGAUAUUUUAUGGAAACAAUCGUGAUUACCACCACCAGCAAACCAGCUAACGCACUGGUCAGAUAUUAUGAAAUUCUCACCGAUAAGUCUAACAAGAAGAAGGCUAAUAAAGGGUCUGACGAAAGUGGAUUGUUUAUAGACGCCGUCAACUCUUUAUUCCUAAUAGUAGGGUGGUACGAAGUGUUUCCCUCCUAUGUACGCAACUUCCCUGGAUUCAAUAUAUACACCGCGAAGCUUAGGAAAAAAUUCUUUUGGCUAAGAGAUAACAUUCUCAAAACGAUUAGAGCAAAGCGAGCAGAAAUUGAUGCAACACCCGAAGGUCAACCGCUUGUUCCAGACAUGCUAACUAUGUUCCUGACAAUUAACACUCCACGCGACAUUACCGAAAGAAUUGCUGAUGAUCUGCAUACUAAAUCAAUGAGUGAUGAACAAAUCUUCGUUAAUUAUCUUGAGGUUAUGUUGGGCGGAAUUGAUACCGGAUCAAAUACUAGCUGCUUUGUGGUUCAUUAUCUGGCUCAUUAUCCUGAAGUCAAAAAAAAAUUGCUAAAGGAAUUUGAGACGGUCACCGGAGGAAAUCCUGACAUUAAAAUAACCGUCGAUCUUCUUAAUAAACUUGAAUACACCGAAGCUGUCAUUAAAGAAGUCAACCGGGUAUUCACCGUCGUCCCUAUUGGUAAUAGGAUAAAUAGGGAUCCCGUUACGAUUGGUGGCAUCACGUUCCCAUCUGGUACAUCCUUUACCGCAAGUCGCCAGGCUCUUCACAUGCAGAAAUCUCUAUGGUCAAAACCCGAAGAAUUUAAUCCUGAUCGAUUUUUGAAGUCAAAUCCGGAGAACAAGAAUCCUUUUUAUAUGUUUGGUGCAGGUGAAAGAAAGUGUCCCGGAAGAAAUCUAGCGAUGAUAGAAGUCAAGGCGACACUACUAAUGCUAUAUAUGAAAUACGAUGUGGAGCUCGUGGAUAUGAAUGCACCCAUAAACUAUCAAUUUAUCGGUAGGGGCCAAAAGUCGGCGGGCAUGUGA